GGUGAAUCACUGUGUCUUUUGUUCCUUCUCCCCGUCGUCUUAAAUUUAUUCUUGUGCACAAACUCAUCUCAUCUCUGAAGGUUUGCGCCAGCAUCAUAAUCAUAACAAUGACACUUUUGUAUGACAAUUUUGUUUUCCAACGAUUGGAACACUCCACUCUUAAGAUUUAUAUCAUUAUAUUCGUCUCGUCUCGAUGUACACCAAAUGCCACUGGCAGGUACCGAGGCGCCAAGAUUGUAUAUUCCAUCGAUCAAGACUUGGCCACUUCCUAUCUGCCUACUUCCUACCUUCCCACGGAGUUUAUUCAACCUCAAACACCACUCUCCAUCAUCUGUUUAUUUCUACAAUCAAUCAUUAUGUCAGUUGCAAGUUCGACAUACCUACUGGGACAGAAUAAUGUCCAAGCUAAGCACACGUUAUCUUAUCAUCGAACUCUCAACCUCUUCCCACGACUCUCUCUCUCUCUCUCUCUCGAAACGAAACGAAAUGCGCAAGAUGCACAGCUUACAAGUGGGCUGUUCUAAAUUCUAUAUUCUACAAUAAAGUCAAGUGUACCCACAAGAGCAUGGGGUCACGUGGAGACUUGUUCCAACAUGAAGGAUGUAAUUAUACGGAGAGGGCAUACCCUUAUCAUACUAUCUCGAAAUGAACUAAAAUUACAAUUCGAGUAAGCAUCUUUCCUUGUUUUAUUGCGCAUAACCUAUCAUUAGAGUCCUUGGGAGCGCCUAUCCACAGAUAUACAUUUACACUUUUAAAGCUUCAAGCUUCAAGCUUCAAUCAUCACAACCAAACACCACACCUGCUCCUAAUUUUCAAGUUAUAAUUUCAUCCAUAAUAAAUCACCUCACUCGAUUGAAAUGGCACAUAUACAUUAAAUCGACUUCAGCAUGUCGUUUAGCCCCUGCGUCGGAUAAUUAUACGCGGACCCCACA